GCUUGGCUAGGGUUUCUAAAAGCCCUUUAACCCCUCUUGUUUCUUUCAUAAAAAGGCGAUUUUUAAGUCGUGAGAGCAUUAGAAACUCAUCGGAAUCCAUGGGCGGCUUUAGGUUUCAUCAGUACCAAGUGGUGGGCCGAGCUCUCCCAACCCCGUCCGAUGAGCACCCGAAGAUUUUCCGGAUGAAGCUUUGGGCGACAAAUGAAGUCAGAGCUAAAUCCAAGUUUUGGUACUUUUUGAGGAAGCUGAAAAAAGUCAAGAAGAGCAAUGGGCAGGUUCUCGCUAUCAAUGAGAUUUUUGAGAAAAACCCAACAAAGAUUCACAACUAUGGCAUCUGGCUUCGCUACCAGAGCAGAACCGGGUACCACAACAUGUAUAAGGAGUACAGGGACACUACCCUGAAUGGUGCAGUGGAGCAGAUGUACACCGAGAUGGCAUCUCGUCACCGAGUAAGGUUCCCUUGCAUCCAGAUUAUCAGAACUGCCACCAUCCCGGCUAAGCUUUGCAAGAGGGAGAGCACCAAGCAAUUCCAUGAUUCCAAAAUCAAGUUCCCUCUUGUAUACAAGAAAGUGAGGCCACCAACCAGGAAGUUGAAGACCACAUUCAAGGCUACUAGACCUAACCUCUUCAUGUAGGGCUAUAUAUGGUUUACUAGCAUUUGGGGAUGCUCUUUUUUGCUACCAUCUUAUGGAUUAUGUUUAAAAAUUUUGUAUCAGUUAAUUUUGGAUUCGAAUGCGACUUUUCUGUGUUGAAGGGAUUUUGUGAUGAGAAUUUUGGGAUUAGUUUAGCUGGAUCAUUGGAUCAUGUUUUAAAUUUUAA